UCGCCACCCAACCCAAAGCGACAUAAUGGCGGGAAAGGGCAACGGCGCCGCCGCGACGAAGCCGGACAGCUCGCAGAUGGAACGAGAGCUGCGGGAAAGCAACGAUGCGAUCAAGUUGUGCGACGCAGAGAUCAAGGAGCAGGAGAUGCACAUCCUAAAACACAAAUGCGCCAUGGAGCGGCACACGGAGCUGUUGAAGCGACAGCAGUACGAACGACAAGACCUGCAGAUUCAACGGGACAGUUUGCUGAAACGCAUGGAGGUGUUUCGGCAGUACAAGCGAGGGGCCGAUCUCGCUCCGUUAGAAGGAACUCCCCCGCCGAAGAAGCACACGUCGUCAAGUAACGCACCGAUGACGACUCCAACUCCACCCAAAGCGACAGUUGAUGUACGAGGGACGCGAUCGGCCUCUGUGGCAAUGGUAGUACAUCCACCCUCUCCACCGAUGAAACCUUCCCAGGCACCUCCGACGACCCCCCGUCGCUUGCGCAAUGUCGUCACGGUCGUGAACAGUCCCGUACGUCCGCGCGUCCCUGCCGCAUCAUCCAUCGACCCAACGGCAGGAUCUCGACGGAGCUCUACUUCGUCGUCGCGUCACCCCGACCACUUCUGGUCCACGACAGACAAGUACAAAGUGCUCGGCCAGCCGCGGUGCGUGAUGAUUGCCGACUUGAGCGACCGCAAGAUCCGGUGCUCGGCCUUCCACUCGACGCUGCCAGACAUCCUAGCCACGACCUCAGACGAAGGCAUGCUUCGGCUGUGGCACUACCACCACCCCCGCCGCACGCUGGCGCCCCUGUCCAGCAUCCCCGCCACCGCCUUCCGCAAAACCAACGGAUGCAUCGAGAGCAUCGCGUGGAACCCGUCGAGGUCCAAGCUGGCCAUGGCGUUCCGCGAUCCCGUCAAGGACCAGGGCGGCAUCUGCGUCGCCGAGUGGGAAUCGGACACCAAACUCAACCUCCCGCCCACCAACUUGUGGCAGGCCGACACGGCCCUGCACCCCAAAGGCGUGUCGUGCAUUGGGUGGUUGGACGAGUCGUACUUUGUCACAGGGGGCGUCAAGCACAAGCUCGUGUGCUGGAACCACGCGACGCGGGAGGUGCAGACGCUGCACCAGCACCACCGCAGCGAAGUCCGGUCCGUGUGCCCGCACAGCUCUGGCAACGCCGUCUUUUCCGGCGCUCUCGACGGAGUCGUGGCCAAGUUUGACCUGCAUACGCAGACAGUGUCGGUGCUGCGCGAGUGGCGGAAACCCGUGAUUUCCAAGAUCAAUGCGAUUCUGGAGCACCCAGCCAACCCGCACUUGCUCAUGUACUCGUGUGUGAACCCCGCCAAUCAAGUGAUGAUGUUCCACGAUCUGCGACAGCGUGCCAACGACACCAUGCCGUCCAUGGUAUGGCACAAGCUCCAGAACAAAGGCAUGAGUCAGUACAUUACGCCUCGGUGGUCGUCUGCAGGGAUGCACGUGUCGUGUGGGAGUACAGUGGGCAACGUGUUCAUAUGGGACCUGCGCGCGUGCAAACGCUUGGAGUCGCCGCAUCAAACUGUGGGUGUGCACAACGGCAAGGUGCUCCAUGGGCUGUGGCACUCGACCCAAAACGCCAUGAUCACAGUCUCCCACGACCGCAAUCUAGGGGUCGUCACGUUUCAAUAACUUGGAUGUAUGUACAGUACAGUGAACGUAGUACGAUUCGAAAUGGGAGUAUCGAAUGAGCACAACCAAAUCGACUGACAAUCGAUAUACGACCAAUCAA